AUGCGUUUCGUUCCAGUCCUUGCGACUGCAUUGCUCGCCGCGUCUAAUAUCGUGGGAGCUUCCCCUGCAGCCGCCUCGUCCAGUGCUGCAGCCGCUGCUGCUGAUACUACUGUCGCAGCCGCUGCGGCAGCCGACACGGCAUCCAGCGCGGCUACUACGGCCAAUGUCAAUGCUGUCAAUGAACCUGCUGCUACUACUCAGGCUGCUACUACUGAAGCGGCCAAUACAGCAGCUGCUAGCAACAAGGAGCAGACCAACAAUGCUGAUUCUGCCAGCACUGCCUCCGCCGAUACCAUUGCCAACAUUGUGAACAGCAUUGUUGGUAACACGGCUGCUUCCAACACUGCCACUGCUGCUGGCACGACCGCUUCUGCUGCUUCCACUGCUUCGAGUGCCAAGUCCGCUACUACCUCCUCUUCGAGCUCUUCUUCCGAUGUCGAGAGCACGCUCAACAGUCUCCUGAGCAGCUUGACUGGCAGCAGCAGCUCUUCUAGUUUGACUGGCAUUUUGGGAGAUCUCGGCGAUCUGCUUGACGGUAUCACUGGUCUUCUCAACCCUAGCCUGCUCUCUCAGAUUGAGAAGACCUUCGAGUAUUUGUCUACCGGGCUGGCUCCACCCGUCGACACCAACCUUCGUGUUCUUCUUUCCGACGACAACACCCAGGCUAUUGCUUCGCUCCUCACCAAUGCCAACACUUUGUUAAGCACGAAGAACACGCAAACUCUCAGCAACAUCCUUUCCAAAGCCGACAGUUUACUCAGUGACAACAACCUCAACAACCUUCAGAAGCUGCUUAAUAACAUCGACAAGGUCAAUGAUUUGGUUGAAAAUGCAGACACACUUUUGAGCAAGAACAACGUCAAUGCCAUUGAAAGCCUCGUUACGAAUGCUGGCAGCUUGCUGACCUCGGACUUUACCAACAAGACAUCUUCUUUAAUUGAUGCCGCCUCUGAUCUCCUCACGACCGAUGUUACCAACGCCCUCAAGAAGCUUCUGAACGCUGUCGUUCCUCUGCUUCCAGAAUUGCAAUCAUUCCUCACCAAGGACACCUUCGAUGCUCUUACAAGUCUAUUGACCAAUGGAAACGCCCUUUUGACCAAGGCGUUUAUUACAAAGACGAACAGCUUAAUUGAUGCCGCUUCGAACUUGUUGACUACCGAUGUCUCGAACGCCCUGAAGACUCUGCUCAAUGCUGUCGUGAAACUCAUGCCAGAAUUGGAGUCAUUCCUCACCAAGGACACCUUCGAUGCUCUUACAAGUCUAUUGACCAAUGGAAACGCCCUUUUGACCAAGGCGUUUAUCAAUAAGACGAACAGUUUGAUUGAUGCCGCUUCGAACUUGUUGACUACCGAUGUUAGCAACGCUCUCAAGACUUUGCUCACUGCUGUUGUGAAACUCAUGCCAGAAUUGGAGUCGUUCCUUACCAAGGAUACAUUCGAUGCUCUUAACAAUCUGUUGAGUGAAGGCAACGCCCUUUUGACCAAGGAUUUCGUUACGGAAACCAAAUCGCUCGUGUCUGGGGCAUCUGCUCUCCUCACCACGGACGUCACCAAUGCCCUCAAGACAUUGCUCAAUGCCGUGGUCCCUAUCCUUCCUCAAUUGAAGGGCUUCCUGACGGCGGAGACAUUCAACGAGCUCAGCACUCUGUUGUCAAGUGGAUCAGAUCUUUUGACUCCAGAGUUUGCUAACUCUACUAAGAGUUUGGUGGAGAAUGCUAACGACCUCUUGACCCCUGAUCUUGUCAGUGGCCUGAAGAGUAUUCUCAACGAAGUCACUCCUCUGCUGCCGUCGAUUAAGUCACUUCUCACCAAGUCUACCAUCGACGCCAUUGGAUCGCUUCUCACCAAUGCCAACAGCCUCCUCACUCCUGCCAGCGUCAAGGAGAUCAACAGUCUAUUGAGCAGCGCUAGUGAUCUGUUGACUCCAUCAUUCAUCAACAGUACCGACGAGUUGGUUACUGGAGCCCAUGAUCUGCUCUCACCAUAUGUCCUCGGUGGCCUGUCUGACCUCCUGAAUGCUCUUGUCCCAGUGGUCCCCACCAUCAACGACGACUUCCUGAACAAGACGACUCUGAACAACUUGACUUAUUUGUUGGGUAAUGGUACCGAACUUCUCACUCCCACGUUCGUCGAAGGAACAAGCGACUUGAUUACCGAGGCUGGCGAGCUGCUCACUCCGGAUAUGGUCAAGUCCCUCAAGGACCUGCUCACCGAAGUUGACAACAGUCUUCCGGAGAUCAAAUCUCUCAUUACGCCCGCUUCAAUCAAGAAGAUCUCUGGUCUUCUGACCAACGCUGAGGACUUAUUGAGCGAAAAAUUCGUCAAUGAGACCUCAACUCUAAUUAGUGAUGUUGCGGGCCUUUUCCCGCUUCUUGAGGGUAUUCUCAACUCGCUGUAA